AUGGGUCAUGAAUUUCGUCACUUUCUCCAAGGGGAAUCCAGGAGACUUAUAUGGGUAAUUGGGAUAAUUUUUUCCCUCAUUCUAGUGGUCCAAUACUUUGAGCUUCCAUAUGGCAGUGUUGUAUCAUCUUUAUUUUAUGCUAACCAGACUCAAGCAAUGGGAAAAGCUGCUGUUAACCCCAUAGUAAAAGGCAAUAUUACAAGUUUUGAUGGUCCGAAUGCCACUGAUGUCAAUGCUAUUCAAAAUAUUGCUAAUGCAACCAAGUCCUCAGGAGGCAAUAACACAAGCCUUGAGAAUGAUUUUCUAUCAGAAAGGAAUGGAGGCUCCAAUAGUUCUCUUGAUUUAUCUGAUGAUGCUGAUCCCGAGGAUGAAUCCCCAACAGAGAGGUUCAUUGAUGAGCCUAGCCAAAAUUUAACCAUGGAGAAGACGGUAACAGAUAAUGGCUUAGCGUCAAGGGAAAUUAAAGAAUAUGCAAACAGCACCCCUCCAAAUAAUUUUCAUGCUGAUAAGAAUUCUUCAUUAGGCCGUAUUCAGGAGGCCAUCAUCCAUUUCACAGAAGAGAAAAAUGGAACAGAUUCUGCUCCUGCUCCUUCACUUACAUUACCACCAACAAGUUCCAUAUCUGAUUUGAAAUCCCCAGCAAAAUUGAAUAUGACAUCACAGGGUCCUGUGAUGUCUGUUUAUCCUAAUGCAUCUUCUCCAUCUAAUGAUGUGGACCCAUUUUCCAAUGAUGGAAAAUCUGAGCAAAUGCAACAUGAUGCUGUUCAGUCAGAUAAUAUUUUUCCUCACACUACUGUUCCUGCCGUGAACAAAAAGCCUGACUUGUCAACAAAAGCUGUGUUGUCUUUAUCUGAGAUGUAUGAUUUACUGCUUCAGAGUCAUGCCUCAUCAUUGUCAAUGAAACCCCGAUGGUCUUCAGCAGUUGAGCAAGAUUUACUAAAUGCAAAGUCACAGAUAGAGAGUGCUCCUGUCAUAGAAAAUGAUCCUGAACUUGAUGCUAACAUCUAUCGGAAUAUUUCCAGAUUUAAAAGUUCUCGAAUGCUAGAGGAGACUCUAUUUGUGGCUAAUUCACACAGUCAGGAUAACUUGGUAGAAUAUCUGAAGAACUACCUUGAUAUGAUUGUGGCAAGACACAACUUCUGGAACAGAACUGGUGGAGCUGAUCAUUUUCUUGUAGCCUGUCAUGACUGGGAUACUUCUCUUCCAGAAACAUAUGUUCGAAAGCCUCAGAAUCCCCUAAGAGAUCUUGGAGGCAAGCCUCCUUCCCAGCGGAAAACCCUAGCUUUCUUUGCUGGCAGCAUGCAUGGAUAUCUCCGUUACAUCUUGUUACAGCACUGGGAAAACAAAGACCCUGAUAUGAAAAUAUUUGGCAAGAUGCGAAAGGUGAAGGGCCAGAUGAAUUAUGUCCAGUACAUGAAGAGCAGCAAAUACUGUAUAUGUGCAAAGGGUUAUGAAGUAAACAGUCCACGUGUGGUGGAGGCCAUCUUCUAUGAAUGUGUCCCAGUUAUCAUAUCUGACAAUUUUAUCCCUCCUUUUUUUGAAAUUUUGAACUGGGAAUCAUUUGCUGUUUUUGUUGCUGAGAAAGAUAUACUGAAUUUGAAAAACAUAUUGCUUUCAAUCCCAAAUCGGAGGUAUUUGGAGAUGCAAAAGAGGGUGAAGAAAGUACAACAGCAUUUCCUUUGGAAUACUAAGCCUGUGAAGUAUGAUAUCUUUCAUAUGAUACUCCACUCAAUAUGGUAUAAUCGAGUUUUCCGGGUACAACCAAUAUGA